CGUCAGGACUCGCAGGUGUGGAUUUGAACGCGUGUCAUGUUGAAGAUGUAAACACUUUAUUUUUACACGACAUAAUGUGGGACGUGGACGAGCCAUCGAGCGUGGAAUCGACACAACUAGAUGCUGCCAUCAGGACAAGUUUCGUCAUUUCUCACAAGAGAGUUUAUUAAGGAGUGCUUAUUGGACUCUGUUAAGCUGAUAUGCCCGGAGAAGAGGGGUGCAUUUGAGAACGUGUCACUCUCCCGACGCACCGUAACGAGGCGGGUUGAGACCAUCGCUGGAAACUUGGAGCUUCAGCUGAAGAACAGAACGGCCGACUUUGACGGUUUUUCGCUGGCUUUGGAUGAGAGCUGCGAUGUACGUGACGCCGCCCAGCUGCUCAUCUUCUUACGUGGGAUAACUGCAGAAUUUCAAAUCACGGAGGAGCUGGCAGUCAAUUAAAGAGACAACCACAGACCGUCAGGCCCAGAGAGGGCUGGCAGGUGUACAGCUCGGCCCAGGAUGCAGACGGCCGCUGCAUCUGCACGGUGGUGGCGCCAGAGCAAAGUUUGUGCUCCAGAGAUGCCAAAAGCAGGCAGCUCCGCCAUCUUCUCGAGCAGGUGCAGAACAUGUCUCAGUCCAUUGAGGUGCUGAACCUGCGGACCCAGAGGGACUUGCAGUACGUGAUGAAGAUGGAGAACCACAUGAAGGGUCUGAGGACCAAAUUCAGGCAGAUUGAGGACGACAAGAAAUCUGUCAUGGCCAGAAACUUCCAGGAGCUGGAAGACAAGAUGGAGGAGCUGAAGCCAUUGAUCCCAGUGUUGGAGCAGUACAAGAUGGACGCUGCGCUGGUCUCUGACUUCAAAGAGGAAGUCAGGAACCUGUCGUCAGCGCUGACGAGCAUCCAGGAAGAAAUGGGCGCCCAGGACUACGACAAACUCUACCAGCGUGUUGUGCGUCUGGACCACAGGCUGCGCAGCUGCAUGGGCAAGUUAACAUGCGGGAAAUUAAUGAAAGUCUCUGGACCCGUCACAGUCAAGACCUCUGGGACUCGGUUCGGGGCGUGGAUGACGGACUCGCUGGUGUCAACAAGACACAACAGAGUCUGGUACAUGGACGGUUACACCAACAGCAAGAUCGUGCGGGAGUUCCAAACCAUGGAGGACUUCAUGGCGGGGGUGGUGGCUCGCAGCUACAGCCUUCCCUUCAAAUGGGAAGGAACCAAUCACAUCGUGUACAACGGCUCUCUCUACUACAACAAGUACCAGAGCAACAUCAUCGUCAAGUACUGCUUCGAGACCGGCACAGUUCUGGCCCAGAGAGCUUUGGAAUUUGCCGGCUUCCACAACAUGUACCCGUACACGUGGGGAGGCUACUCCGACAUCGACGUCAUGGCGGACGAGCUGGGCAUGUGGGUGGCCUACGCCACCAACCAAAACGCCGGCAACGUGGUCCUCUCCCAAAUGGACCCCGUCACCCUGCAGGUCUUGAACACCUGGAACACGGAGUACUCCAAAAGGAACGCGGGGGAGUCCUUUAUGAUCUGCGGGACUCUCUACAUCACCAACUCUCACCUGUCCGGUGCCAAGGUCUACUACGCCUACUCCACCAAGACGUCCACGUACGAGUACAUGGACAUUCCUUUCCUCAACCAGUACUUCCAUAUCUCCAUGCUGGACUACAACGCCAGAGAGCGAGUGCUGUACGCCUGGAACAACGGACACCAGGUCUUGUUCAACGUCACCCUCUUCCACGUCAUAGAGACCGAUGACGGCUCUUAAAGCUUAUCACAGUUGGAGAAUGGCUGUAGUUUUCUAACAUGAAGGCUGUUGAAUAGAGCAUGAAGAAGAUCUCCAUUGUUGACUGGCAUCAAUGUGGAGCUUAUAUGUGUUAGCCUUUGCAUGCACUCUGACUGUUGCUACAGCAUCUUAUCACACUGCCAAAUAACUGCAAUAUCAAGUCUAUUCUCUUACUAUUUAACCACACUUUUUGACACCUAGAAAAAAUCCCCACUUUUUGACACUAAGAAAAAAAUCCCCACUUUUUGACCAAAAAAUUUCUGACUUUUUGACACUUGGAAAAAAUCCCAAUUUUGGCACUUGAAAAAAAAUCCAGACUUUUUGACAUUUGAAAAAAAUCCAGACUUUUUGACACUUGAAAAAAAAUCCAGACUUUUUGACUCUUGGAAAAAAAUCCAGACUUUUUGACCCUUGGAAAAAAUCCCGAUUUUGUGACACUUGGAAAAAAUCCAUACUUUUUGACCAAAAAAAUUCAGACUUUUUGACACUUAGAAAAAAUCCAGAUUUUUUUACCAAAAAAUGUUCCGACUUUUUUUCACUUAGAAAAAAAUCUCGACGUUGACAAAAAAAAAUUCAGACAUUUCGACACUGAGAAAAUUUUUUCAGACUUUUGAAAAUUAGAAAAAAUCCAGACUUUUUGACACUUAGAAAAAAAUCUAAAUUUUUUGACCAAAAAAUUUCCAACUUUGACACUUAGAAAAUAUCCCGACUUUGUGACAAAACAAUUCUGACUUUUUGACAUUUAGAAAAAAAUCCCGAUUUUUUGACACUUAGAAAAAAAAUCCCGAUUUUUUGACACUUUGAAAAAAUCCCGACUUUUUGACAAAAAAAAUUCAGAUUUUUUUGUCACUUAAAAAAAAUCCCGACUUUUUGACACUUAAAAAAAAUCCCGACUUUUUGACAAAAAAAUGUUCGACUUUGACAAAAACAUUUCGACACUUAGAAAAAAAUCCCGACUUUAACAAAAAAAAUUCAGACAUUUCGACACUUAGAAAAAAAAUUCAGACUUUUGAAACUUAGAAAAAAUCCAGACUUUUUGACAUAUGUAUAUACAUAUACAUAUCCAAAUUUUUUGCCCAAAAAAUUUCCAACUUUUUGACAAAAAAAAUUGCCGUCUUUUUGACACUUAGAAAAAAAUCCAGACGUUUUGACACUUACAAAAAAUCCAGACUUUUUGACAAAAACAAUUUCCAACUUUUUGACGCUUACAAAAAUGUCCAAAUUUUGACAUUUAGAAAAAAAUCCCGACUUUUUGACAAAAUAAUUUUCUAAUUUUUGACCAAAAAAAUUCCAGCUUUGACACUUAGAAAAAAUCCCGUUAUGAUUGAAAAUGUUAUUUUGAGAAAUGUCCCUAGUUUUAAAGGGGAACUGCACUUUUUGGGGAAUUUUGCCUGUUGUUCAAAAUCAUUAUGAGAGACAAGACAAAAGGUUUAGUUUUUUCCGCUGUCUAACAUAAAAAUCGUCUUGUUCUUGGUAGCAAUGCAGCUAAUGACUAAAUCUCUUGAAACAUGCAUUCAAAAAGCACCAACAAUACUUCAUUUACGUUCUGUAACCUGUAUAAUAACCAAAAUGUAGCAACAUUGUUGUAAGAGUGUACACUGAAGAACUAUUUUUCUAGCGUACUAACAUAUCGGCGUGCUACGGUAUUAGCCGUAAAAGCCAACUACGGCAACAAAUAAGCUAGCUUUUACGUCAGCACAAAACGAGUUAGUUUGUAAUACACAACACUGUGAUAGGACAAGUAAUCGCUUAGGAAAUGAUUAAAGUAAUCAAAAUACAGUAAAUAUUGUACAUAUUACAUGUUAUGAAGGUGUCUGUUACUACAUUAUAUAUAUAUACUUGCAGUGUGUAUAUUGUACAUAUUACAUAUUGUUAUGAAGGUGUCUGUUACUACAUUAUAUAUAUACUUGCAGUGUGUAUAUUGUACAUAUUACAUAUUGUUAUGAAGGUGUCUGUUACUACAUUAUAUAUAUACUUGCAGUGUGUAUAUUGUACAUAUUACAUAUUGUUAUGAAGGUGGUGUCUGUUACUACAUUAUAUAUAUACUUGCAGUGUGUAUAUAAAACUGAGGGUUUUGAAGCUAAUUUAGAGGUUUUGAAGGCUACAACGGUGCCUCCUAUUAGCCGCAUUUAUCAUCUUUAAAAUCCAUCCAUCCAUUAAAAUCUUAAUACAAAAAAAAAGACAGUUGUCUCUCAUAAUAAUUGUGAACGAUAGGCAAAAUUAAAUAUUGUAUUGUUACAAUUAAAAAAAACUAAACAAUUCAUUAAGAGUGAAUAAAAGCUUUCUGUUUCAUGGUGUUUAUUCAUACGUCAAGAUUAAAGAUAAUUUGGUAUGUUUAGUGCAUGUAUUUGCUCAACAUUAGUCAUGACCUCAGACUACUGCACAGCACUAUCUUUAAUCAGAUAUUCAAAAGGC